AUGAAUAAUACAGAAGAUAUCAAGAUGAGUGGGGAUGUAGCAGAUUCCACGGACGGUCGCAGUGCUCUCAGCCAGGUGGAGACAGGAAAUGAUCGAAACAGCCUAGAUUUCAACAGGCAGAUUAAAACUGAGGAUCUCGGUGACUCCCUGCAGCAGAGCCUCUCGCACAGGCCAUGCCACCUGAGUCAAGGGCCUGCCAUGAUGCCUGGAAGCCAAAUGUCUGGGGAUAUGACUUCCCUCCAUCCCCUCCAGCAGCUUGUUCUGGUUCCCGGCCACUUACAGUCUGUGUCCCAAUUCCUGCUCUCUCAGACGCAGCCUGGGCAGCCAGGUCUGCAGUCAAAUCUCCUCCCCUUUCCACAGCAGCAAGGCUCUCUCCUCCUCCCACAGACUGGACCUGGCCUGGCGUCCCAGGCAGUUGGGCGCCCCGGGCUGCCGGGCUCUUUAGACCCCCACCUGGAAGUGCCCCAGCAUGUCCCAGUGCCUAAGCAUAUGCCCAGCACCGGAGGGGCUGAUGAGCCCAGUGACCUGGAGGAGCUGGAGAAGUUUGCCAAGACCUUCAAGCAGAGGCGCAUUAAGCUGGGCUUCACACAGGGAGACGUGGGGCUGGCAAUGGGAAAGCUGUAUGGCAAUGACUUCAGCCAGACCACCAUCUCACGAUUCGAGGCACUCAAUCUGAGCUUCAAGAACAUGUGCAAGCUCAAACCACUGCUGGAGAAGUGGCUGAGUGAUGCAGAAUCCUCUCCCUCUGACCCCUCGGCGAGCGCGCCCAGCUCUUACCCCGCCCUGGGCGAAGUGUUCAGCAGGAAGAGGAAGAAGCGCACCAGCAUCGAGACCAACAUCCGCCUGACUCUGGAGAAGAGGUUUCAAGAUAACCCCAAACCUAGCUCAGAGGAGAUCUCCAUGAUUGCAGAGCAGCUGUCCAUGGAGAAGGAGGUGGUAAGGGUCUGGUUCUGCAACAGACGCCAAAAGGAGAAGCGAAUCAACUGUCCUGUGGCCACACCCAUCAAAUCACCCAUCUAUACUUCCCGUCUGGUCUCUCCCUCUGGGUCUCUGGGCCCCCUCUCCAUCCCUCCUGUCCAUAGCACCAUGUCUGGAACAGUAACAUCAUCCUGCUCCCCGGGGAACAACAGCAGGCCUUCCUCUCCCAGCUCAGGACUUCACGCCAGCAGCCCCACUGCAUCUCAAAAUAACUCCAAAGCAGCCGUGAACUCCUCCUCCGGCUUUAACUCCUCAGGAUCUUGGUACCGAUGGAAUCAUCCCACCUACCUCCACUGA